CAUGCGCCCUUCUUGGCGGGGCUGCUCCGGCCAGACACGUGAAGGUCGCUCGCGGCCGGAGCUGGGAUGGAGGCGUCGUCUCCCACGGGGUUGAGUGUCAGCGACCCACAGCUGCAGCACUUCAUCGAGGUGGAGACGCAGAAGCAGCGCUUCCAGCAGCUGGUGCAUCAGAUGACCGAGUUGUGCUGGGAGAAAUGCAUGGACAAGCCAGGGCCCAAGCUGGACAGCCGGGCAGAGACCUGCUUUGUUAACUGUGUUGAACGUUUCAUAGACACCAGUCAGUUCAUUCUGAACCGGCUAGAGCAGACGCAGAAAUCCAAGUCGGCCUUCUCCGAGAGCCUGACUGAUUGACCUGGCACCGGCUCCUCCAGCCCCUCAAUGAGGAGAACUGCACGUCAGUGGGGAGAGCAGCUGAUGGGACACCUGUAGAACACAAGCUCUGGGGAGGCUGGCCCCCUCCUUUGCAUCAGACUAGAGCACUCUGUCACCUGCCUCAGCUCUGACCAGCUACUCAGUUUUACUUAAAUGCAAGUUGUGACAAUUACAGCCAGAUGAGGCUGUAACAGAUGCACGUUUACUACUCCAAGUGGCACUGUACUGUUCCCAUUCCCACCUGUUGCCUUCCAUGUACAGGCUUUGUGCUGAGGCUAGUAUGUUGAGCACAAUAGCUCCAAAAUGUCCAACUCUGCAAAAGGUUUUGUGCAUCUCGGAGGGAGUGCUCCUGUAUUGGUACAAAGUGGAGGUAAUGGGAAUACUAAUGUGAAUCCCAAGUCCAGGGUUGGGACCAUUCCUUUUAAUGGUACUAAGUUCACAUUCAGCUUCCUAAUUAACCCUCUCCUUGCACCACUCUUCAGACUGUGCAGCCAUACUGACAUUUGCUCUCCAGACCCAUGGGGAAUGGCGUUGAGCAGAAGACAGCCUGGGUCACAGGUCUGCACCAGUAUAGCUGUGUCAACAACCCUGAAAAGAGCUUGCUUGGCAGUGAGAACUUUCCCAGUAAUUUAAGAUUAUGGGAAAUAAUUUUAAAGCUUGUGAAGGUAAAGUCAGUCAUGUGGCUCAGUAACAACUGUUUUAAAGCAGAACUGCAACAUUUACUAUUGGCUUGCUCCACUAAGUGCGUUCUCCCAAACAUUAGAAUAAAUAUGAAUUGGAUCAGUUUUUAAAAUAAGCAUGUCUUGUAUCUAGGGGUGGGCUGGCAGGACUCUCUGACCUACCCUUUACCUUGUGUCACUACUGUUCAGUUUUAUUAUCAAUAACUGAAGUAGAAAUAGACUUGCUAAUUUCUAAUGUUAAAUACAAGUCCUCUGGUUCCUACUAGGCAGUCUGAUUACGGAUUCUGAUUUUUCUGCUCGCUGUAAAGUGGUUUAAUGUAUUGGUUUCCUGGACUAGAUUUGUUUAUCUAGUUACUAAAACAAAUAGUCUAUGCCCAGAUAAUUAAAGCAGUAAAUUUUCUUAACAGAAUGGGUUCAGGCAUCCUAAGUAGUGCAAGCUCUUCUGGAAAAAAA